UUUACGGUGCUGGGGUAGAUUACAUAGUCGAGGUGUAUGUAAUUUAACAAUAAUUUUAUUUCGUAUUGUAGAUUAUUUAUUUUGUCAUCUCAUAACUAAACAUACAUAUAAAAUGGUGGUAAAUGGACUUUAGCGAGUGAUUUUAUCGGUUUGGUGCUGAAACUUUCAAGUUAUGGCUGGUGAUUUUAUAUGUGCUAGGACAACGUUAUGGUAAUUUACCCAUGUUACCGUGCUUCACCUAUAUACCUGGCGUUGGACUCUGAAGAUGGUGAAGUGAGCGUAGCGAGAUGGUGCUUAGUUUGCUAGCUCUCUUGCUCCUCGCCCGCGCCGCGCACUUGUUCGCUCUCGAUAUAUCGCAAUGCAUCGCCCCGCUCGGUAUGGAGAGCGGACUGAUCGCUGACCGGGACGUGACGGCCAGCUCCUCGUACAACGACGGCAACGUGGGCUCGCAGAACGGACGGCUGAACCAGGAAAUCAAAGGUGGCGCAUGGUGUCCGAAGUCGCAGAUCACCACCGAGUCUGCCGAAUGGCUGGAGAUCAACCUACACACUGUCCACGUCAUCUCCGCUACGGGCACCCAGGGGCGGUUCGGCAACGGCCAGGGGGUGGAGUACGCUGAGGCCUAUGUCCUGGAGUACUGGAGACCGAAGUUGGGCAAGUGGAUUCGGUACCGAGGCGCUGACGGGCAAGAGGUCCUCACCGGUAACUCCAACACCUAUUUGGAGAAGAAGAACCAAUUGGACCCUCCGAUUUGGGCGUCGAAGAUUCGCUUCAUCCCUUACACCACCCACCGGCGCACGAUAUGCAUGAGAGUCGAACUCUACGGCUGCUUCUGGAGUGUCGGCAUCGUCUCGUACUCAAUGCCGAAAGGCGACAAGCGCAGCAACGGCAUUGAGCUGACCGACCUGACGUACGACGGGCAAUGGGGCGAGGAGCUGAGGAAUGGGCUGGGCCAGCUGGUCGACGGUCAGUUCGGAGGCGACGAGAUCCGCGAGGCAGCUAAGAGCGCCGCCUGGGUCGGAUGGCGGAACGACUCUAGACCCACCCCGCCGGUGCUGACCUUCGAGUUCGACAAGGUUCGGGAGUUCAGCGCCGUCCAUCUGUUCUGCAAUAACAAGUUCAUGAGGGACGUUCAGGUUUUCUCCGAGGCGAUAGUAACGUUCUCGAUCGGCGGCCGCCAUUUCCAAGAUGAGCCCAUCCGCUACACCAACGUGCGGGACAACAUCUUCGAGAACUCGCGGAACGUCACCAUCAAACUUCACCACAGGAUCGGGAAGUGGGUUCGCAUCCAGCUACACUUCUCGGCGCGAUGGAUCCUCAUCAGCGAAGUUGUGUUCGAUUCCGACGUAGCUCAAGGUAACUACACGCCCGAGAUCCUGAAGCCGACGAACGGGAAGGACAAAGCGAAGAUACAAACCAGCAGCGACCUGCCCAUAUCCACGGCGCACCAGGAGGAUCCAUUGUAUAUGGCCAUCGUUGUCGGCGUGCUGUCCGCCCUCGUGAUAAUGCUGGCGGUUGCCGUCUUCCUCAUCAUCCACAGGCAUAGACACAGGAAAUGCUUCGCUUCACCCCUUGCCAAGACGACAAUCGCUCAAAGGUCUGUCCCAGACAAUUACAACCCUUGCGGUACGUCGAUGCUCCCUGACAAUAAGAUGAUAAUCGAUCGAAUCGAUUGCGGUUUGGACGUCAAAUCCGACGAGUACCAGGAGCCUUAUCAAGCCAUCAAGUGCCCGCCGAACUUAAGCUACAGCACCGUGCUGUUGGAAAUGAAGGACUUCGCUAAAGACUCGAACACCGCUUUAUCAGACAGCUCGAACUACGACUACGCAGUGCCCGAGUUGUGUUCAGCCCCACUCCUCAACAAGCGCCGACUGGUGGACAGCCUGUCUGACCGCGCCACCGAGAUCAUGUCCGACCACGAAGCCCUCACCGAGUUCGACGCGCGACGCUCAGCCGCAAGUUCCAUACGCUCCAAGCACAGCACCAGGUCGCCGAGCCAGCAGGAAAUACUGAUGGAUGUGAAGCGGCGGCUCGAGGGGCCCAACGUCAUUGAGUUCCCGCGGCACCGGCUGCGAAUGAUCUCCAAACUUGCCGAGGGCUCUUUUGGCACUGUGUACAUCGCUGAGGCGGACUGCGUCCCGGAGUACAAUGGAACGUUUUCGUCCGAGACGCGGCUAGUCGCAGUGAAGUUCCUCUGCCAAGACGCGUCCUUGAAGGAGAGGUACAUCAUGGACGAGUUCGAGAAGGACGUACGCGUGCUCGCGGCUUUGUCUUCGCCCCAUUUGUCGAGAGUGCUGGGCGUCUGCCGUUCGCCGCCAGUUGCUGUUGUCCUCGAGUACUUAGAACUGGGUGACCUGUGCGCGUUUCUGCGUACCGGCCCGCCCCCAAGUACGGGUACGCUGCUACACAUCGCUGUGCAGAUAGCGUCCGGCAUGCACUACCUCGAGUCGCUGAACUUCGUGCACCGCGACGUGGCUGCCAGGAAUUGCCUGAUCGGCAAGGGCUACUAUAUCAAGAUCAGCGAUUUCGGCACCGACAUCGAGGCGUACGCUUGCGAUUACUACAAGGUGGACGGAAGGGUGCCGCUACCAAUCCGCUGGGCCGCGUGGGAGUCGGUGCUCCGCGGGAAAUACACCACCAAGAGUGACGUGUGGUCCUUCGGCGUCACCUUACACGAGCUGUUCUCGCUCUGCCGCAGACGCCCUUACGAACACUUCACCGAGUCUGAGGUUUUGGAAAACCUGUCGCACGUGCAGGCGAACAACGGCCUAUUCGAGUGCAUAGAGCGUGCCCCGGGCUGCCCUCGAGACGUGUACGAGCUGAUGGUGGAGUGCUGGCGCCGCGACGAGCUGGACCGGCCCACUUUCGCUGAACUCCUCUCCCUCCUGCAGAGGAAGACUGCCACGUACUCCUCGUGACUGCGCGGCGGCCUCGCUCAUGGCAACUCGUGGCUGUAAAACGCCUUCACUUUAUCUAUUACCAGAUCGCCGCACUCUUACCUCUUCUCUCUCCCUCUUAUUUCUGCGUUCUUAGCUAGUUCAAGAAGUCUAGAAGCCGACACACAUACGAUUGCAUAUAACGAUCCAUUUCUCUCACUCAUAUUUCUGCGAUUUUAGCCUACGUCAGAAGCCUAGAAGUCCACACACAUACGAUUGCAUAAAACGACCCAUUUUUCUCCCUCAUAUUUCUGCAACCUUAGCCAUUGCCAGAAGCCUAGAAGCUGUGGGCUUCUAGGUCUAGAAGCCGCAAACAUACGACUGCCUAAAACAAUAGAUUACUCACCCUCAUAUUUCUGCGAUCUUAAGUAAUUGUAGAAGCAUAGAUCUUAGCUUGUUCCAGGAAUCUAUUAGUCUACACACAUAUGACUGCAUAAAACAUUCCACUUGGAUGAAAGUUAUGCAAUACUUACUAAACCACAAUUACUCUAAUUUUGAUCGAAUAUGGCUAAGAACUACCAUGAGAGUUUUCUGUCACUUGUGUCGUAAUGUAAAGAAUAUUUUCGUUGAUCUUUUAAUGUAAAGUUUGUUUUAAAAUAUCCAUUGACUUUGUUUGUUUUUAAUUAUUUUUAAACACGCAUAAACUAAUGAAAAUAUUCCGGAUAAAAAUGAGAAUAGUCCGUGACAAGUCGAAUUGUCAAUCUUAACAAUAAUACCCAGAUAAAUUUGCUAAUAACAACGCAAGCAAAGAUUUAAAUUCAGUGUGAAUUGGUGAAGCACCAAGAAUUACCCCGUUUCCGGCCUCACCUUACAGAUCGUGCCUUGUCGAUUUGUCCUGGACUGUACUUGCUAGUCUAUUUAGGAUUUUAUCAAUUCAUACAGAAUUUGAGUACGAGUUGAAUUCAUCCAAAACUUUUAAUACCCUUAAUUUUUUUUUAUAUGUUUUAUAUUGCAUUGUAAGUUGGUGGCGAUCUGGUUAAUAGAUUAGUGGGCCAGUGACGGAAAAAAGAUUAUAAUUUUGAUUUGUAAAAAUGGUUUGUCACUUUCUUGGUAUUUGUCAUUCUCCGGUUAAAGAUACUUAAAUAUGUACG